AAGAGGAAGACUGACAGAAAGAGAAGAUGGCUGAUAAGUGUCACUUGUGUCUGCUGGGACUGAUCUUUCUCUCUUCACUUCUCACAGGUCUCAGUGAAGUGGAUGAUGAUCAUGUGUUCAUCAGUUCUGGUGAAGAUGUCCGUCUGCCCUGUAAUAAUGCUCUUCCUGACUGUAAAUCAACUACAUGGAACUAUAACAGUUAUUCAUCAGCAGUUGAACUGGUUGCUGGAGGGAGAAAGAAGACAGACAGAGAGAGACAUGAGAGACUGAGUCUGGGGUCUGACUGCUCUCUGAACAUCAAGAGCGUCACAAAAGAAGAUUAUGGACUUUACACCUGCAGACAAUAUGUGAAUAAUCAACAACAAGUAACUGAUGCUAGUGUUUUUGUGCAUGUUCUCCAUGUCUCUUCAUCUGAGAUCAGUGCAGGCCGCUCUGUGACUCUCUAUUGUCAGUUGUAUUCAUAUCCUCGAGUCUCUUGUGAUGAUUUGAUCCGUUCUGAGGGAAUUGAUCUGUUCUGGAUGAAUCAGGCUGGUGUUAAACAGAUGAGAUUAGACUCCAGAAAUCAGAUAUCAGCUCCAGGUCACUGUAUCACCUCUCUGAAUACAACAAUCCUGAAUGAAAAUGAAAACAGAGAGUGGAGAUGUGUAGUUACUCAGAGAGAUCAACUCAAGACCUCAGUCUCAUACACUGUCAAGAUCUCAGUGAUUGUGAUUAUCGUUGAGUUUGCAGUGUUUGCUGCUCCUACUGUGAUUCUUCUUCAGAUCAUCUGUGCAGGACGAGCUGAUCUAGAGAAGCUGCUGAAGCAUUACCUGGAUGUCGAUGAAAGCAGUCAAAUGGCCAUUGCAGAGACAGUAUUUGGAAUCUUUGUCAUUCGACAAGAAGGUGCAGAGUCUGGUGAUGACCCCGCAGAUGUUGGGAUUGUCCUGGAGGGGGUGGAAGUGAUGAGUGAGUUGGGCAAUGUAGCUUUUGCUGUGGUGAUGUUGCUGGGUCUUGUCUAUGCACUAAACCUGAGCUACCCCCAGGAACUCAAGUACACUUUCGAGGUUUUGCAGAAGAUCAUUAUGGAAUUGGAUGGAAACAAAGGACAAGUUCUCAAAACACUGCUUUCCCGUUAUGAAACAUCGCCAUAG